UUAGGUCAGUCUAUUCGCAAGUUAGUCGGAAAGAUCAGAUCGGCAAGUGCGGAACGCAAAGCUCGCCAGCAGCAGCAGCGAACGAAAAGGUCACCUUCGCCGUCGUAUAAGCAGGGCCACGUUAUCGAUAACAUACACGAAUCGCAAAACGGCCACCACAUGGAAAACGGCCGACGCGAAAAUUCGCCUGGGCCAGUUCACCGAUACUACCUGGGAGAGGAUCCUUUCGGCGGCAGCAUUUACGGGCGUGAGAAUAAGUACGAUGGGGUAAGACCGGCGCGCUCGACAAGAAAGCAGUACAUACAGCAACCGGAAGAAUAUAGGUCACACAGUACUCUUGGUCGAUUCAGCAAGUCAACAAGUCGCCUAGGCUAUUCAUCAACCCCGGAAAAUCGAAAUUCCCAAACCUUGCCCCGACAUUUGUCAAGACACGAACCGCCCACACGUUUAGAAAAAAACGACCGAUCCAACAGCACAAUCAACGUCUCGUUCAUCAACACAGUUUCCUCCCCAAAUAAGCCCCUAUCAAAUGGAGCACCCGCGAAACCCGUACGAACCUACAAAUCAAAUCUCUCGCGUAGCAAAAGCUUUAACGUCGACUUGGAGUCGCCGUACCGUUCCUCGCACAAAAUGCAGCUCUCCUCACCUUCCGGUUUGAAAAGUCCCGGACUGAUAUCGAGUAUCAGCCGUAGCCAGCGCGAUCUAACCGAAGACGGCAUCGAGUACAAGAGCACAUCCCGUUUUGUAAAAAACGGAGUUAGUGACAAUAAGAGAACGUUCCUAAACGACUUGAAGCAACGCGCCCCCGAACUAUACAAAACUCUGCACGAAGAAGAAAAGCACGAAUCUUGGAGGCACAACGGUACGACCACACGCCAGCACAACGGCGACAUCUACGAGCCGCCCACGCGACUUCGAGACACGCACGUAGUUAAGAAUUUCAAGGAGAGCUUCGCACCGUCACUCACGCCGACAACCAGGGCUAUUAUAAGACGGGGCAGUAACUCGAGCAAUGACUACUCCGAGACGUACCACACCAGUACGCGUAAUGACGACCCACUAAGACCCACAAUUACAAAUACCGUCCAGAGUUUCAGCAAGAAAACGGUACCGUCAAGAGACGGGAGUAGCUUCCAAACCAUCGAAUCGACAGAGACCAAGUCGAUUACCAAGAGCCGAUAUCGCGAUCCGGGCGUCAAACAAAUUUACUCUUACGAUCGGAGGUUAAACAAUUCAUCCGGACCGGUCGUCAUUGAAGUUAGAAAUAAUUAUAAGUAAUUUAAGCCGUUGACUUUAUUUAUUCUACUUUACUAAGUGUACUGACUGAGCUAUUAUACUGUAAUAGAGCGAUUUUGCUGAUUAAUGUAGGUACCUAUGAGUAAAUAUAGAGUUGCGCUUGCAAAAUGUGUAUACUGCCCUAAUUUGAGGUUCAAUUUGUAAAAAUAUGCCUUAUUUUAUUAAUUAGAUUCAUAUGUGUAUGUAUGUAUAAUAAUUUUGCAAUUAGUCUAAUUAAUUGUUUUUUUACUAGCAGUGCCAAAUAAUACAUA